CCGCUAUACCGGAUCCGGCUUCGAGAACCGGGAGAAAGGCACCGGAAAUGAGAAAAAGCGAGACUGGCUAGUCAUUGGCGAGAGACUUUGAUAGUAUGGCAUAACACCAAGCCAUAUGAAGGCCGAAAUGAGAGAAAAGACUUGUCAUGCUUUGCGUAGGACCGAUCCACUUGAGACGAUGGCCGAUGCUCCAUCCCAAAUAAAGCUUGGUACCUCCACGGUGGCUGUGCUGCGGAACAGCCGGAUUAGAAUAAAAUGCUUUUUAAGACCACGACAGUACCCUGUACCUCGAUUGUUUAGAGUGCUUCUUGACUGUAUAUUUCUGGAGAAGGCCCUACAUGUUGGCCGUGUACAUCCAUCCACAAGGGAGGUACAGAAUAACAUGACCGACAAGCCCUACAGCCGGGCCCUGGGAACCACGUCGCCAAUGGGCCAAUCAGAAGUAAUCCACCAAUCAGGCACCAGAGUUCUGCAGGGGAAUAGUGCUAGUCCGGUGCUGGUUAGCGUUCUCCUCGGGUUUAUGAGACGCCAGGACUCCACGGAGAAGCGAAGAUGGCUUUCUUUCAUCGCAUAACAGUGGAAUAAAUCAGCCGAGCUGGAAAGCUGGAAGGCGGUUCAAAUUCAAGCCUGCCGACAUUACCCCGAGAAAAGAAAGCGAAUACCAUCAGUCCUGAACAUGGCGGUAAAGCGAGGGGCAGCAUAGGGGUGAUUACGCAUGCCUGCUGGGGACCAACCAAUG